AAUGCACAGGAUUAAUUAAAUAAUUACUUAUUUAAUUUGUUGUGCUCUCAAAGUCUGGUGUUCAGAGUCCUGAACCAAUUGUUGGUGCAACCAUUAAAACUGAUGAUGAAACUGGAAAAAUAAUCAUUGCCAGAGUAAUGCACGGGGGUGCUGCAGAUCGAUCUGGACUUAUUCAUGUGGGGGAUGAAGUUGUUGAAGUAAAUGGAAUAAAUGUUGAAGGAAAAACACCAAACGAUGUUUUACAAAUUCUUAAAAAUUCUGAGGGUACAAUUACGUUUAAACUCGUCCCAUCUGAUGGAAAAUCGAGUGUAAGAGAGAGCAAAGUGAGGGUGAGGGCACAUUUUGAUUACAAUGCAACCACUGAUCCUUAUAUUCCUUGUAAAGAAGCCGGACUUGAUUUUCAAAAAGGAGAUAUCUUGCAUAUUGUCUGCCAGGAUGAUGCUUACUGGUGGCAAGCUCGCAAAGAGAGUGACCGUAACAUGAGGGCUGGACUUAUACCAAGCAGAGCUUUACAAGAAAGAAGAAUAUUAUANCAGUUGUCGCUUAAUUAUUCAUCCUGUUGCUUAAGUACACUGCUGCAGUAUCUGUGGUUGAUGUUAGUAUGGUGGUCGGGGUACUGCUGA